AUGCUCUGUGCGGCAAAGUGGUGGGACUCCCAGGAAUUUGGCGGCACUCAAGAAGUGUCCGCGAAUCGGGUCGCUACGUCGACGACCUCCACAAAAAGCCGCUUGAUGAUAUCUUUUGAGGGAUGCGACAUGAUAUUGAGGUUCUCACUGGGGUUGAGCCUCCCAGACGAGAAAAUCGAGGGCUUGGAACAGGAUCUCGCAUGUCCGUUCGCGCGGCAGAAUGCUGCUGUUGCCGAAUUCGCUGUAGUUACGCCAAAACAUGCCAUUCCGAGACAAAAGCCGAUUUAA